AUGGAGCAGCUAGAUGGCUGCUCAGAAAAGGGCAAAGAUCAUAUAAUAUGUAGGCUUAAGAAAUCAAUAUAUGGGCUUAAACAAGCUUCCCGACAAUGGUACUUAAAGUUCAAUGAUACCAUUACUGCCUUUGGAUUUAAAGAAAACAUCAUUGAUCGAUGUAUAUAUCUAAAGAAUGUCCUAAAACUGAGUGGGAGCUUAAAGAAAUGGCAAAAAAUCCCCUAUGCUUCGGUUGUGGGAAGCUUGAUAUAUGCACAGAUUUGCACAAAACCAUACAUUAGUUUUGCAAUUGGCAUGCUUGGGCGUUACCAGAGUAACCCAGGGAUGUCUCAUUGGAAAGCAGCGAAGAGGGUAUUGCGAUACCUGCAAGGAACUAAGGAUUAUCAGUUUACCUUUAGGAGGACUGACAACUUAGAGGUAACUGGAUACUCAAACUUUGAUUUUGCCAGUUGCUCUGAUAGUAGGAAAUCUACUUCAGGAUAUGUUUUCCUACUAGCUGGUGGAGGGAUCUCAUGGAAAAGUAUGAAACAAACUAUCACUGUUUCUUUAACAAUGGAGGCUGAGUUUGUGGCGUGCUUUGAGGCCACAGUGCAUGGCUUAUGGCUGAGGAACUUUAUCUUAGAGCUUGGAGUUGUCGACUCUAUAGCCAGGCCGCUGAGAAUUUAUUGUGAUAAUUCCUUUGCAAUAUUUUUCUCCAAAAAUGAUAGGUAUUCUAAAGGUACUAAACACAUGGAGCUCAAAUACCUGAGUGUCAAGGAGGAAGUACAGAAAUAA